CGGGCUCUGGUCACACUGCUGCCACCAACGACGGUCGAAAAAGAGAAAGAAAACGAUAAUUACAAUUAGCAACCAGAACGGCAUUAAAAGCAGCAGCCAACAUGGAUGUGGAAAGCCCCGAGCACACGCGCGAGUUCGCCGAGGUGGACAUCAACAACGGGGCAGCGUCGGCGUCCGAGGACGAGGAGGAGGAGGUGCCAGCACCCGGCAGCGUAACGCUGGGCAAUGAGAGCAGCGAUCGGGAUCUGUUCGUCUCAGCUUUGAGCCCCAGCAGCAUCGGAGAUGUGCACCCACUGCAGGAGGUGCUUACCGACGACGGAGACUACUUCAUCAACAUUGUGGUGUCUGACCCACAGAAAAUUGGCGACGGAAUGGGCUCCUAUUUGGCGUACAAGGUGACGACCAAGACGAAUAUCCCCAAGUUCAAGCGGACCGAGUUCAGCUCGAUGCGUCGCUUUAGCGACUUCUUGGGCAUACACGACCUACUGGUGGGCAAGUACAUGCGGCUGGGCCGCAUUAUUCCCCCGGCACCGUCCAAGAACAUCAUUGGCAGCACAAAGGUGAAGAUAAGCCCCCAGCAGAGUGAGCCGGGCACACCGAUGAACCAGGAGUGGGUCGAGAUCCGGCGAGCGGCUCUGGAGCGAUUUGUGCACCGCACCGCCCAGCAUCCGGUGCUGCGCGUUGACCUGGACUUUAUGAACUUUCUGGAGAGUGACCAGGAGCUACCGCGCUCGGUUAACACCUCCGCUCUGAGCGGAGCCGGCGUGAUCCGAUUGUUUAACAAAGUGGGAGAGACCGUGAAUAAGAUAACCUACAAGAUGGAUGAGAAUGAUCCCUGGUUUGACGACAAGAUCACCGAAGUGGAGAGCCUCGAUGCCAAUCUGCAGAAGCUGCACAAUGCCAUGAAAUCCCUGGUCACCUCGCGACGCGAACUAUCGUUGCUGACGGGUCUGGUGGCCAAGUCGGCAGCCAUGCUGAGCACCUGCGAGGAGCACACUGGCCUGUCGCGGGCGCUGUCCAACCUGGCGGACGUGGAGGAGAAGAUCGAGCUGCUGCGCUCCGAGCAGGCCAACUCGGACUUUUUCAUUCUGGCGGAGUUCAUCAAGGACUACCUGGGCCUGUUUGGGGCCAUCAAGUGCAUUUUCCACGAGCGCGUCAAGGCCUUCCAGAACUGGCAGUACGCACAGAUGCAGUUGUCCAAGCGGCGCGAGAAUCGAGGUCGCUUCGAGCUGGCCAACAGGGCGGAUAAGCUGGACCAGGCUCAGCAGGAAGUGGACGAGUGGCAGGGCAAGGUUCAGCGCUGUCAGCAGCAGUUCGACGACAUUUCGGCGGAAAUAAAGCGCGAAAUGGAGCGUUUCGAAUUGACUAGAGUGAAAGACUUUAAGGUGAACAUCAUCAAGUACAUAGAAGACCAAAUGGCGCAUCAGCAACAGAUCGUCAGCUACUGGGAGGCAUUUGCUCCGUUUGCCCGCGAAAUCGUUUAACUUUAGCUUCAGCAGAUUCUCAACGCAUUUCCAGAAACUUUUUCAACAGCUAUGCGCGCUAAGAAACUUAUUAUUCAGCGGGACCAAAUUCGUUCUUGAUCUACAGAUUUGGAGCUACAAAAAUGUAUCGCCUUUAGCACUUAUCUUGCAAUUGCCGCCGCCGGCUCUUUGAUUCCCCCCUCUCUCUCUCUCUCUCGAGCAUAGAAAAUGUUCAACUUUAUCGCUGCAUUUACACAAGAGCAGCGUAAAUCUCUUUAUUCCACACAAAACACAGUAAUUACUAUCAAGGCUCGUAUACAUUCACAGAAAGCUGAACGAUCGUGGCUGCGCAUUCUCAUUCUAAGCAUUAUAUUUUCGGUAUUAUCUAAAUCGCGGCAAUGUGGUUCUAUUAGAUGUAUGAAACUGAAGAAAUUGAAGACUCAUUGGCCAUUUCCAAAUUGAAGUUUAUACCCAUUAUUCGUGAUUACUGUUGGUAUAUAUUUAUGUAUUUAUAUAUAUAUAUUCCUAUUAAAACAUUUUGUAUCAUGACAAACGAGAGCAUUUCAACAAAUAAAUUUGUAAAUAUGUAUAGAUGUAAA